AUGACGAGCCCUUCGCAGCUAUUCCUGCUCGCCGAUCACAUCAAAUUAUCCCUCCUAGAGCGCCAACGAGCAAUUUCACUUGAUCUAGAACCCAAUUCUCAAGAUGGAGAGAUCUCCCGAUCCCUCGAGUCCCUCCGCGAGGGAAUAGAAGCCGUGGAAGCCGAGCAAACCCGUCUAGCCAACUCCAACGACAGCGCAGGCGCCGCUGCUCUGAAAGACCAACUCGGCCCCCUACAAGCUCAAUACCAAGAUCUGUCAACUCAGUUCCACGGCGCAGAUGGCGAACCAACGGAGAACAACACGGUGCAGGCAUCGAACUCCGCAACGCCCCCUCUCAAGCAGCCGGUCCCUCAACACCCUCCUUCUAAAUCCGUCCGAUUCAUGGAUAACUCUGCCGCCGCAGCCGCUGUGCAAGACGAAAUAGACGAAGAAGAAAACCGUAAUCGUCAGAAUCUCUUCCGCCCAUAUCGCGAUGAGCCUUCACCGCCACGUCCGGACCAGUCCGGUAUGGACAACCGGCAAAUCUAUGACCAUCACCAGCAGACCAUGCGCGACCAGGAUGACCAGCUCGAUCGGCUUGGCGAGUCCAUUGGUCGGCAGCACCAGCUGAGUAUCCAGAUUGGGGAUGAACUGGAUGGCCACGUUGCCCUGCUGGACGGGAUGGACGGAGACGUUGAGCGUCACCAGACUCGGUUAGAUGGUGCCAGACGGCGCAUAGAUAAGAUCCGACGCAAAGCUGGUGACAACUGGAGUAUGAUGACUAUCAUUGGAUUGAUCAUUAUACUGGUUAUUCUGAUUGUGAUUUUGAAAUGA